CUUUUCUCGCAUGAUCAUCGCGAAUUUCUGGAAAUGUAACGUCCCUGAUAGGAUCUUUGGACGAUUAUUUAAUGCGGAGGCUUGAACUGCUGGGGUGCAGACAGCUGCCAAGAUCUAUCGUCUGAUCCACAUUCCCUUUCACCGGAUUCGCCCAAUCUGUUGGAGUUCUGUUGUUUGGGUGUCCCAAAUUUAGUCUGGAUAGGAUGGCGUGGCUGGCGUAAUGCAUGAUGGUGAUGAGCGUCUGAUAUAUGCCCUUCUCCCACACCGUCUUGAAGGCACUGCUUGGUUUAUGCGCUUGCUGGUCCUCUUCAAUUUACGUCUUCUUCUGUUUUAACUUUAUUCUUUUCUCUCCAUUCCUUCAAUUCUCUUCAUUACUUCUCUAUUGUUUUGCUGUUCUUAUCAUUUAUAUUUUUGCUUAAUUCGUUGAUCUCCGUUUGAUACUGAGAAACAAUACAACUGUCAGGAACAGGUUACAUUCUUUACGGCGACCUAUUUCUAAAAAGAACUUCCGCAACGCUUAAGUGAGAAAUAAUGGAUUCGCCACCGGAAGCACCGAAGAAAGCACGGAGCAAGAAUGGGUCAAGGACAUCGACAAAGGAGAGAGCGGCAAGUGACGAAUUCGAUUUUGAUGCGAAAGUUGAGAGAGCGACAGGGAGACGACCAUCAAGAUCAAAUACGGGAGUCAGGGAUGAGCAUGGACUGCAAAGGACAGCCAGUUCCCAAAGAGCAGGUGUAGGACUGAUUCCAAGGCCAACCAACUUGCCCGCUGAUCCCUUGAAUUGGCCCAGAUGGCAGAAGGAGUUAGCCUUUGGGUCACUGAUGCUAGGCUCAGCGGUCAUUGGAAUACUGAAAACGCUCCUCGUUACAGUAAAUUCGGUCAUUGCGAGCGAGUUGAGUGUUGGGUACAUGUCGGCAACUGCCCUAACGGGUGCACCCAUCAUGUUCGGUGCUUUCGCUGGACUUCAAAGCCAGAUGCUGUGUCAUAGCAUUGGCAAGAGAGGCAUUUAUCUCGGAAGCUCUUUCUUGAUGCUGAUUGGUGCGUUAUGGAACAUGCACGUGUACGACAGCUAUGCGCAAUUCAUGGUGGCGAGGAUAUUCCAGGGCAUCGGAUGGGGCAUGUUUGAGUCUUUGAUCAGCAGCUCAAUUGCUGAUAUAUUCUUUGUCCAUGAGAGAACGUCUCGAACCAAUGCGUACAAUGUCAUCUCGAUUUGGUUCACUUGGGGCUCUCCUAUCUUGGGUGGAUACGUCUCGCAGUCCAAUGAUGGAUUUCGGAACCAGAUCAUGAUCGUCAACGUCAUCCAAGCAGUCUCAAUAGUGUUGCUCAUUUUUGGUACACCGGAGUCAACUUUCGAUCGAGCAUCGUCUCGGCAGCUCAAUGCCGAUGUUCCACCGCCCAAAUCAACAUUCAAGACGUACACUGAUUCUUUGAAACUCACCAACUCACACAGUACAAGCAAAUUCAUCAUGAAUGAGGCACUUCGCCCAAUCCGAGCUUUGGCGGCUCCAAGCACAAUUCUUACAACUCUAUUGACUGCACCACUGCUCGCUACAUCAUUCGGUACCGCCAGCUCACUUUCGAUGCUUUUCGCCGCUAUGCCAACAUUCUUGUUCCCAGCAAGACUUGGAUACAUCUUCAUUCUACCACUGAUCUUCUCACUUCUCGCUUACACGUUGGGCUCAUUCAUCACUCAUCUCCGGACGAAGCCACCUCACCACCUGUCAGACUCUGCGGUCAGAACACUGACCGUGGCUGCUCCAGGAAUGAUCAUCGGUGCCGCUGGACUACUGGCUUUCGGUCUCUAUACAUCCACCGAGCUCAUGCCAGAGAUUGAGGAUAAUGGCACCAUCUUCGCGCUCAAUAUCGUCGGACUAGAAAUCUCGCUUAAGACUGUCUCGUCACUUUUCGGUCUGAUGGUCAGCGGCGCAGUCAUGCUGCAGUAUUCAGGUUCAACUUACCUCUCCACAUUCGUCCCAUCCAGCGGUGUUGGAGCAAGCGAGCUCGCUGGUGCGCAUCAUGUGCUACAAGAAAUCUUUAUCGGCAUUUGGGUUAUUGGCAUGCCGAUGUGGAUCUCCGGAGAUGGAGUCAUUUUCCUCGUUGCUGGACUAAAAAAUACGACCAUAGCACUGGGUGUUCUGAGUAUUGUGUUUAGCACUUCCGUAGGAGCAGUACUUUGGGUCAAGGGAGCUGCCGUCAGCGCUGUUGACAGCCGUGUUCUUGGCAGGAGAAGCGAUUCGGGUGUAGGUGGACAACUCCAGAGAUGGAAGACGACCGCUAGUUUUAUCGAAGCGUAGAUAAUCGAACAAAUGAGGGUAUCAUUUGAUUGUUUGGAUUAAGAAGUUGUUUGGCCUCGGGGCGGUUUGGCUGGGUCAAACCGCAGGAGCCUCGGGGAAUAGCAAAACUUAUAGAAUAAUGAUUGUGAAUUUUGAAA